UAUUUCCUCGCGAUCCCAGGUUCUGCAGCAUACAUCGACCUCUCUGAGCGAUGAUGAAGAGGAGCUCGGCGUGGGCAACGAAACCGUAUCGUUGCCCAGUUUUAUUGCUGCAUUCCUGAAGGGGGUCGUUGACCGACUUCAGGUUCAGGUUGACGAUAUAUCCAGGAAAAGCCGGACUUAAUAACGGGGUUGUUAAGUAUACGUCAGAUCAGCAUGGGUGCAGUGUCCACCCACUCCGAACCAGUUGAAGCCUCAUUAUCUGACGGGAAACGAUUAGUUUCCCUGUCAGAUAUCCAUCUCGCUUUAGUAUCCGAGCCGAUAGUCUUCUCAAAUUACUCUCGUUUUGCUGCCCCUGCCUCCCCGUCCACUCCGGUACAACCGAAGUCCAGCCAGCCUCCAAGUAGGGUCCCGUCGCCUUCGCCCGAAACCUCGUCAGAAUCAAGUUUGGCUCUAGCCAUGACAAGAUCGACUAUUCUCGAGCCACCACAGGAUCUUGCUCUUCCAGGAAUAGGAGAGCGAGAUACGCCCGAGAUCGAAGGAUCCGUUUACACGUAUGACGGUCGAUUCUCGGAUGCUGAUACAGAGGAGAACAGGAGCUAUAGCUCUCUUGAUAAUUCUCGGCAGUUUGAAGAUGAAGAGCUACUGGACAACCCUGCUUACCUUGAUUCAGCUAUCAAUUUUCAAUUUCAUGAUGAUCCUGAGCGACUAGAUGCUCUACAACACGCAGGCAAUCAGCUUCUUCCGAGAAAGAGGGAUACCCCUCGUCCUCAAAGUCCAGACUCGCAUAUAACUGAAUCGGCAGACCCCAACAAUCAUCUCCAGAAAGCCUUAGUACCCGUCAACGACCGCCAGGAUCUGGAAGUCGCCAGUUUUCCAAGUCACCAGCGUUCUUUGGAAGUAACUGGAAGCAUGCCCGAAUCCAUGUCAUCCGUAUUAAUAUAUAAUCAACAAUUGCCUCUUGUCUGUGCAACGCCUUCCGAACCCGAUAGCUUAAGCUCAGCUUCUGAAUCCUUCAAGGGUGGUGAUCUCUCGGAAUCGAAACUGUUCUCCAAUGAGGAAGCACAAAGCUUGUAUAUGAGCGCUAUUAGUCAAGGUUCGGUAUCGGCGAGUUUCGUGCCUAACAUGCCUGGUGCUUGGGACUCGCCGGAGUAUCCUACGCCCGUGAGGGAUAUAGAAGUCCAUGAAACCUCUACGGCUAUGGUGCAGACGGAUAACGAGCAAGAUAAAGUAAUUACAACACCUAAGCUUACAGCCCAGGAGGGGAUAUCUUUGUCACAGGCGCGCUCCGUGCACAACCUCCAAGAGGCACGGUCUGAAACGACUGAUAAAGAAUCUAUUCACACAUUGCCGGGAUUUAACAGACUCGCAGAGGUAGCGAAGAGGUUCGUCAGUGUGGAUAAAAUUUUGAUAUGGAUACCUUCCAUAAGUCAUGAAGGAAAGCCGCCGGGAAAUUCACCAUCGGCACCACACGAGGGUUUUCCAAGUGAUAGCGUUGAUGAUUCAACUGCAAACUUGCAGCGCUCAGUGGUUGAUGAUGAUCUGCUGGCGUCCAGAUUUCACAACGCUUCGGGUAUCCGUAAUGAUUCUAAUGAUCCAUCCUUUCCACCUGAAGGUGAUAACCCUCGAGGUUCGCAUUAUCCGGCGGAAGCUGAGCAUGAUGCUGGUUCCCGUAGCGAACAUGGUGAGAUCGCUGUCGAGAUGCUGUCUGGGGAAGUGCAAUUUGAUAUUGCUAUAGGCUGGCUUGUUACCAAGAUUAGCCAAAGAAUUGUCCACGCUUUUGACCAGGGCAAUGGUGAGACUCUAAAGCAACGCCAUUCGGAAAGUGAUGAACAAACACAAAAGCCUUUCAGCCUAUCACUCAACAGGUUUUCUAUCAAGUUUGUUGAGCAUGUCCCAGGUUAUGCAAACCCUUUUGGGGAGUCUCGACUGCGGUCCCCAACAUUCUUCAGCUUAAUGCACGAGGACAUCAUUUUGCAAACUACAGCAUCUGGCUUGAAGGCUCACUGUUCAGCAACGAAUGACAAAACCAAGCUUCGCUUAAGUAUAGCCAAAUUUGCUCUCGGGUUUGCCUCAGAAGACCUUAUAUCAUUCAAUGAGGAUUUGAAGAUGAGGGAAUCCACGAGGGAUGUUUUAUCACCCAUGCACGGAGAUAUCUCGGUUUCUCUGGUAAAGUCAUUGGACUCUGCGAGAGUUGACAUUACUACGCUGCCACUCCAUCUCAAUCUCAACAUACAGCGUUUGGAGGAGGUUGUAGGGUGGUUCGGCGGUUUAAGUACAAUUCUAGAGCUUGGGAGUUCCAUAUCAUCUGCCUCAGGUGUGAAAACACCAAAGAAAGACCUACCGAAGCGGCCACGUGGUGUACAUUUCGAAGCAUCACCUUCUCCUGGAAAACUUCCUCAGAGUGCCUCUGCACCCUGGAAAGUGAAUGCACGGGUCGGCGGGAUUGCACUCAAUGUUGUUGGGGAAUCUCAUUACCUCAAGCUGAGAACAACUGCGGUUAAAAUUGUCAGUAGAUUUGAAGGCGUGGGUGUCCAGAUUGAUAAAGCGAAGCUUAGUGGGCCCUUACCUCUUGAUGAGUCCAAAGAUGCGCCCGCUAAAAUCAAUCUGAGCAACAUACGAGUUGAGUACCUCUACGCGCCGAAAGAGGUCGAUUUGGACCGGCUGCUCUCGUUGAUCACGCCAUCUAAAGAUAAAUAUGAUGAAGAUGAUGAUAUCAUGCUGGAUACGCUCUUCCGACAGCGGCGACAAGGCUCUGUGCUACGGACUACAAUCGCCGGGGCAAAGAUCGUGGUUUCGCGUACUGCUGACUUUGACUCACUGCCACAGCUCGGGGACGAAUUAAGUAGGCUAUCGAAUGUUGCAAAGUACUUACCUGAAGACGACCGGCCUGGUAUCUUGACACUCAAUCUAAUCCGGGACUUUGAAGUACAAGUACAUGUCGGAAGUAAAGUUGGAGACAUAACGGCACGCCUCAAGAAUGCUGAGGCAGCGUACAUUAGCAUCCCUUCGCUUGUCGCUAUUCAGGUUGGGUCGGCUAUGGUGGUUAGAAACGGAACCGAGGAGCUCUUAGGGGAAGCGCUUCCGUUGAAUGUCGAGCAAAGCUCUGGUCAAACUCCGCACCCCGUACUCAUGGCCCGUUUGAUCGCCGACGAAAUGGAACCCACCAUCAAGGUCAAAAUUUAUAACCUGCGCGCAGAGUACGCAGUGCCAGCAAUUGUUGCAUUUCUCGGUCUCAAUGAUAAUUCGACAACUAGUGAUCUUGCUUCCAACAUGGCACGGUCUCUCGGUAAUCUAGCGGAGCUACAGCCUUCAAAGAACUCCCAAACGACAACGAAGUCGGGGAGUUCCAAGGCACCUGCACGGCCUACUAGGUUAGCAUUGGCUCUGCGAGACUGCGUCAUCGGACUCAACCCUCGUGGCUCGGAGGCAAAGGGCCUUGUUGUACUCACAAACGCCAAUUUCUCGGGUGUUAUGGGCGAAGAAGCGUCCUCCGAAGCUACAUUGGAUCUUCGCAAAGCAUCAAUUAUGAUCAUUGACGACGUGCAAAAUGUGGGAAACAUAGAUAACCUGCAUCGAAGAAAUUCGUCCGCUCCAACGAGUAGCCAAGUCCAAUCCUUCAUCGAUAUGGGCUUUGUACCCAUUUCAUCGAUAUCAUCAGCAACGGCCACUGUAAAAUUAACGCGCUCAAGCGAGGACGGGGCACAGUCGCUAGAUGUGGAACUUAGAGACGACUUGUUGAUUCUUGAAACAUGUGCCGAUUCAACACAAACUCUCAUAAGCAUAGUGAACGGACUACAGCCUCCUACUCCUCCUAGCGUGACCAAGAAGUAUCGGACCGAAAUUCUUCCACUUCAAGACAUGUUAGCAUCGUUUUCCGGCGAUGCCUAUGCUCUAGAUUCAAGCUCGGGCCAUGAAGGGACCCCUAAGGUAACUGGCGGUUCUUCGCAAACAUUUCAGGAUAAUGAAGGCCAUAUCGAGGAUGAGAUUGAGUACGUCAGUAACUUUUACCCCGCGAAGCCAACAUCUGGAGCCGGAUCUUUCCACGAAGCUAUGAUGGCCUCUGGAUCAAACGAGCUUCUGGACAGUUUCCACUCUCAGUACUAUGUAUCAUCUAGCGUCUCCGACCUCGAGUUCCAUGAUGAUCAUUUUGCAAAGCAGUCAGACGUUGGGGGUACAGCACAUAGGUGGGAUUCUGCUGAAAAUACUUAUGGCCUCUCCGAUGACACGAAGCUCCAGAAGAGCCCUCUGCGAGUCAGGAUUCGGGAUGCUCAUGUCAUCUGGAACCUCUUCGACGGAUAUGACUGGCAGCGGACAAGAGAUACAAUAUCAAAGGCAGUCAAGGACGUAGAGAGAAAGGCUACAGACAGACGUGCUAGAGCCAGUCGAGCCUCUCCAAGUUUCGAUGAAGAUGAGGAGUCUGUCAUCGGCGAUUGCCUGUUCAACUCGAUAUAUAUAGGCAUUCCCGCCAACAAAGAUCCCCGAGAGCUCCGCAGCGAUAUCAACCGUAAUAUUGAUGAUCUUGUCAGUGAAACCGGCAGCUAUGCGACCACAACCACAGUCACAGGAACUACGGCACGGCAAAGCCAGCCACCGUCUUUCAGGAAGAGACUACGGCUGGCUAGAAGCAAAUAUCAUAAGAUGACUUUCGAACUCAAGGGUAUAUGCGCCGAUCUUGUCGUCUUCCCGCCAGACUCCGGGGAGACGCAAAGCUCCUUAGAUGUUCGAAUCAGUGACUUAGAGAUAUUUGACCAUGUGCCCACAUCAACCUGGAAAAAAUUUGCCACCUACAUGCAUGAAGUGGGUGAAAAAGAAAGCGGAACCAGCAUGCUGCACUUAGAGAUCUUGACCGUCAGGCCUGUUCCUGAGCUUGCUGCAUCCGAGAUUGUCUUGAAGGCCACUAUACUUCCCCUAAGGCUCCAUGUUGAUCAAGAUGCACUUGACUUCUUGUGCCGUUUCUUCGAAUUUCGGGAUGACUCCGCGCCUGCUCCUAGUACCCCAGAAGACAUCCCAUUCCUACAGAGAGUUGAAAUCAAUGCGGUCCCAGUCAAACUUGACUUCAAACCUAAGCGGGUCGAUUAUACCGGCCUUAGAUCUGGACGCACAACUGAGUUCAUGAAUUUCUUUGUCCUAGAUGGGGCAGAUAUGGUCAUGCGCCAUGUCAUCAUCUAUGGAGUAUCUGGAUUUGACAAGCUUGGCCAGACCCUUAAUGAUAUAUGGAUGCCAGAUAUCAAGAGUAAUCAACUGCCAGGGGUUCUCGCUGGUCUCGCUCCGAUCAGGUCCCUAGUCAAUGUGGGAGGAGGAGUCAAGGAUCUUGUGGUAGUCCCCAUGCGCGAGUAUCGCAAGGAUGGUCGCAUCGUGCGGAGUAUCCAGAAGGGGGCGCUUGCCUUUGCCAAGACUACCUCUAAUGAGCUCGUGAAGCUCGGCGCCAAACUCGCCAUUGGCACCCAAACGGUCCUGCAGGGCGCAGAAGAUCUGUUGACAUCUCCCAAUGCACAGUUAGGUGGCGCGGAGGACGAUCUGGUCGACGAGGAAGAGGCUAAAAGGAUCUCUCUUUAUGCGGAUCAGCCAGUUGGGGUCGUCCAAGGCCUCCGGGGAGCAUUCAGGGGAUUGGAACGUGAUUUGCUCCUGACCCGAGAUGCCAUCGUUGCUGUCCCUGGAGAAGUUGUGGAGAGUGGAAGUGCCAAGGCAGCUGCAAAAGCUGUCUGGAAACGUGCCCCGACAGUUAUUCUUCGUCCUGCAAUCGGAGUGUCGAAGGCCGUAGGACAAACGCUUUUGGGAGCCGGUAAUACCCUGGAUCCUAGCAACAGGCGGAAAAUGGAAGAUAAAUAUAAACGCCACUAGAGAUUUUGCUCGACAUCUUGCUCACCACUUAUCCCCGCGGGGUC